AUGGUGUUUUCAAGCGGUAACCUUUCCUAUGUUCAAGGACGGACAGACAUUCCACUUAUCGAAGAAACGAUUGGGGAUUGCUUAGAUAACAUAAUUUCAAAAUAUGGUGACCGCCAAGCGCUAGUUGUGAAACAUGAAAAUAACCUACACUGGAGUUAUCGUCAAUUUGGCGAACAAAUUGAUGCUUUGGCUCGAGGUCUUUACAGAAGUGGUUUGCGAAAAGGCGAUCGAAUGUGCGUGUUUAUGCUCAACAAUAAUUCUGCAUGGGCUACUAUACAAUAUGCCACUGCUAAAAUUGGCGUUAUUUUAGUGGCCAUCAAUCCCGUUUACCAAGUUUCUGAUAUUAAACAAGCUCUUAAUAUUGUUGGAUGCAAAUCGCUUGUACUUUCAUCGGAUUUCAAAUCAGCACGUUAUAUUGAGCUGGUCAAAGAACUUGUACCCGAAUUGAGUGUUUGCCAACCUAAUGAAUUGUUCGCCGAAGCACUUCCGGAACUAAGGCAGGUUAUUGUUGUGGAUACACACCAUCCCAUAAAAGACAUUGAGAAUAUUCGGGGGAUUAUACGGUUUCACGAAAUGUUUGAAAAGGUUUUAGCAAAUGAUGUGUUAACAGAUAUCAAAAAGACUCUAAGCAGUAGGGACAUUAUUACCAUUCAGUUCACCUCAGGGACUACAGGUGCUCCAAAAGGUGUCUCGUUAUCUCAUCGUAAUGUUCUCAACAACGCAAAGACUGUUGGCCAUAUCAUGGGUCUUACACCGGAUGAUGUUUUAUGUAGUCCAUUUCCAGUAUAUCACUGUUCUGCAUCUGUUGUUUAUCCGAAUGAGUAUUUUAAUGCAGAGAAAACUUUACAAGCUGUUGAAGAAGAAAAGUGUACAGGCUUAAAUGGGUCACCCACAAUGUUUAUUGAGGAGAUGAAUCAUCCAAAUUUUCAUUUAUAUGAUCUAAACAGUUUGAGAAUGGGAUCGAUAGGUAGCGUACCUGUUUCUGCUGAAGUGAUGAAAUCUAUCAUAGAAAAAAUGCACUUGGAUGAUCUGGUCAUUACGUAUGGCAUGACAGAAACGUCCCCAGUUUCUUUUGCGACCAGCCCAACAGAUUCCCUACAAAGACGCGUCGAAACUGUUGGGACAAUACUACCUCAUAUUCGGGCCAAGGUAAUUGAUCCGGUUACAAAUCAGAUAUUGCCUGUGAAUGAAACGGGUGAAUUAUGUGUGAGUGGAUAUUGCAAUAUGGAAGGCGGGUAUUGGAAUAAUGAGGAACAAACCAAAAAGGUCACGAGUAUCGAUGAAGAGGAUGACCUUGGUAAAUUUGAUCAAAACGGAUAUUGUAGUAUUUUUGGUCGUAUAAAAGACCAAAUUCACCGUGGCAGUGAAAGAGUAUCACCCGCCGAGGUGGAAAACAUUAUAUUCCAACACCCUUCUGUUAUGGUCGUAUCGGUGGUGGGUGUGCCUGAUAUGGUACUUGGUGAAGAGGUGUGUGCUUGGGUAAUUUCAAAAUACGGCAAGAUUGUUAGUGCUGAAGAGAUUCGGCAGUUUUGCAAGAACAAACUACCAGAAUACAAAAUACCCAAAUAUGUAAUAUUCGCAGAGGAGUUUUCCAAAACAACGACCGGAAAAGUUAUCAAGUAUGCUCUUCGGGAACAGGCUCGGGAAAUACUGCAGAUAUAA